AUGUCGGCCCCACUCAAACAUCCGAACGCUGUGGUUCUCCAGCCACCAACGGUCACCAUCUCCCCACUUAUCCGUUUCGGACGUUAUGCGGCGCUCUCCCUUGGAGUUGUCUAUGGAUUUUUCCGUCUUCGCCAGAUUCGCGAGUACCACGCCGAUAUUCGUGAGUGGGAUCACGAAAAGGCUGUUGCCGCUGCAGAGGAAGCCGCCAAGAAGAAGAAGUGGCUUGCCAAGGACGAGAUGAGAUACCUCAUGCAGGUUGUCAACAUUCCUUUCGAAGAGGGAGUCAAGCAAUUCGGAGUUGCCGAUCUCUACAAGGAGGAUUAAGACGACGGUCACGAAGACACACUAUCAGACCCAGGAGAAUUAUCCCUUUUUCUUUUAUUAGUUCAAUGAAUACCUCUCCGAAACAGAGACAUUUCUUCUAUAUUUGGUAGUGUGUGUUUAAUUGUAUUCUUCUUUUAAAUUUUAAAGUUUCUCGUUUUGUUUAAAGUAGCUGCAAAUUUCAGUAAAUUACAAAUUUUAUUUUUUUGAAAAAAUCGAAUACAUAAGAUGAGCCUG